AAGAGUAGGAAAUGGCUAGACGUAGACUCACACAACAGUAACUGCUGCCAGCGAGAGGACAGAGAGAGGGUGGGCAGGGAAGUGGAGCGAUAGAGAGAACGACAACAUACGUGAGACAGCAAAGAACGUGGACUCUACUGUCCCAUCAGUGUGGAGCAAAAUACAUGACAAAUACAAACGAAGACAUUGAAUAGCCUUUCCCUGCUUUGGAAAAAAGGGCGAACAGGGAGAAAGCGCUGGAGAAAGGUUGCGACGGACAGCGACAUGCCUUUGAAAUGAUGGAAAGGAUCAGAACAUCAAACAUCAUAUCUGCCUCCAUGCCGAUUAACCUCCUCCUGCUGCUUCUGCUGCUCGGGAUGCGCGUGCUGGCCAUUUGCCCACCCAUGUGCACCUGUAGCGGGGGUCACAGAGUAGUGGACUGCUCUGCUCGUGGCUUAAGUCUACUUCCUGACAGCCUGCAGCACAACAUCCAUUUCCUCAACCUGUCAAAUAACAGGCUCCAAAAUCUUGAUGGCCUCCUCAGCCAUUUUGACCACUUAAGAACACUGGACAUCUCUUAUAACCGCCUCCAGCACCUUCCGGCUGGCCUGCCAAGAGCUCUCUGGGACAUUCAUGCUUCGGGAAACUACAUCCGACAGAUGGAAAAGAACGACACGGCUUACCAUUGGAACCUUAAGUCACUGGACUUGUCAAAUAACCAGCUGGAGCGGGUGGUCUUGAUUAACAACACGCUAUCCAGUUUGCGAGCUCUCAAUUUCAGUCGUAACAAAUUCUGGACCGUCCCAACGAACCUGCCGCACAAUUUGGAGAUGGUGGACUUAUCUCAUAACUACUUGCUGCAGAUCUUAGCCGGCUCGCUGGACCGCCUGCAGAGACUCUCUAGAUUCUACCUGCAUGCUAAUCGUUUCACCUCAUUGGAUGAAGGCGUCUUCAGUCAGCUAGAGGGACUACAGCUCCUAACGCUUGGGGAUAACCCUUGGGCUUGCGAGGAUGAGGCGAACAUUAACCACCUAUUGACAUGGAUGCAACAGACCCAAGCAAAAAUCUUGGGAUGCCCCUGCUACACCAGGCCCACGUGUGGGCAGGUCCACUUGGCCACCAGGAGAACCUGGCUUUCGGCUGCCUAUACAGAGCCACCAUUGGGUGCCGAUGCCCACUACCCCGACCAGCCGGUAACUUCUGGAUAUCUGUCCAAAUCAUCUCAGCUGAACCACCCUCGUAAUCAGAACGAUGUUAAUGGUUCUGAGGCAGGAGAGCAAGCGUUGACCAUGGGCGGGGGGUUUCUCGCUUCGACCACGCACAGCUUCACCACCAAGACAAGCACAACGAUUCGAACGCGUAGUGCCAAGAAGGUCCUUCCAGCGCGUAGCACAAGUCACCGAAUCCACAGAUGUAACCCUAUUUUAAAUCUUUUAAGUACUGCAGUAAUUCUCAAUGCUUUGAGUCUGUAAAUCUAAAACUAGACUAAAAGAGCUGCAAGAAUCCAAAAAAGAUACUCACUUGUUUGGUUUUCUCAUUGAUCGGACUAUUGCUACCUUGCUGAGCAUUCUUCAAUGCAUACAAUCUCGGGCUGCUUAAAACAAACUUACUGCUUUCGACAGAUGUGACAAAGUACCGUAUGGCUACCCUGUUUACUGACAUCUUCUUGAAUGUAUAAGACUACAACAACUAUCAGUUUCUUGAUGUUGCAAAAAAGAAUGCACUUUUCAUUGAAAAAGAAUACAUUUAGCAAUGUUAUGCUUGAUCAUUGAAGAUUCUUCUUUGUUUAUACCGCAUAUUGAAGUAAAACACUACAGCGACACUCCAACGUUAAGAUGAGGUCUAUUAGGCUAAAGAGAAACCGCUU